AUGGGGAGCAAGGAGCUGCAGUUCAGCCGAACCACUUCGGCGGGUUACCGGCUGGCAGAAAAACCCAACGCUGGGACCCUCCCUGGCUACGGUAAAGCAGCGGCAGGCAACCGAUCCCAGAGCAAGGACCCUUACCUGGGCACAGUGCAGCAAGACCAAGUGUGGAGAGAGUUCCUCAGAGCUGAAUGGCAGGGACUCAGACAAUGGGAAAAGAACUGGAGUUUUCUGAAAGAUUAUGAUGACAAGGGAAGACUAAAGGUGAGGGAACCACUACCAGAAUACAUUCCUGUGUUCUCUGACAAAGUUCCAAAUACCACAAAUCAGACAUUUGGCAGUAGAAUAGACUCCCAGCUUGGCCAGACAAUAUUAAGGAUGGACUUUGGGCUUCAGAAAGAGAACCGAAAGAAAAAACUGGAUAAUGAGCUUGUCCUAAGUUAA